GCCACGUUUGCAUUUCCGCACGCGCGUAGUCAAUCCAAUCCGUAAAACAACGCCAACAAAGCGUUCGCGUUCCAUUUUGUUGUUUGCGUGUUCCGUAGCGUUGCUGUUGCGGUACAGAAAACUGAACCCCAUCCGUCGUGCGUUUCAGCUAUACGGAGUCCGUGACUCCCCUUGCGCGUCCAAGUAAGUGAGGACCACGUUGUGGACUAUAUUCAACCUUUUCCGGGCGAGAGUACACGACAAUGCCCCCGCGAAAAAAUACGGCGCGCCGCGGUCGACCAUUCGCCAAGUUAGGAGAUAGCGGCGAUAGGACGGCGUCGCAGGACGACGUUCCCUCGGAAGCAGCGCACGUCGCUUCUUCCGAAGGCUCAGAGAAGCCUGGGCCCCAAGCUUAAGAAGCCGGCUGUAUCACCGCGCAAGGUGGCUGCGCCAAAGCCCGUCGCUGCCAAGCCUCGGACCGGCGCCAUUGAACCGGCCGCUAAAAAGCGCGCCGUCGCCGCCAAGCCGGCAGCCGUAAACGAGGAUAGUUCGGUACGAACUAUCAGCGACGCUUCCGAGGCCGAUGCGGAAGACGACGGGGCCUUCGAGGCGCUCGUUCUCGAUGCGGACGACGACGAAGAGGUCCCUCCCGAGAACGCCGGGGACGGGGAGACCGGCGUUGAAGACGACUCGGCGUCCGCCCCUAACGAGGGAGGUGUUGCAGUGAGUGCCGACGAAAACGCCGAGGGAGAAGACGCGGGAGCGGGCGAAGCCGACGAGGCACCGGGCGACGACGCGGUCGACGAGGAAGGGAACGGCGACUACGCCGGCGAGCCUGAAGAAGGUGCCGAAGGUUGUCAAGGGGACGCCGAAGGUGCCGACUACGAAGGCGAUGGUGACGCGGAAGUAAAUCCUAACGAAGAAGGAGCAGUCGGUGAGGCGGACUAUGCGGAGGGCGACGAGAUGGGUGACGUCGAGCACCCGGCAGAGGACGGGUUGGAAGGUGACAACGCCCUGGAUGAACAUGCUCCGAACGAUGCUCCGGAACCAAGCGCCGACGACGGAGUGGAGGCUCUCGAGAACGGCGUCUCUGCUGAGCCAGAACACGAAGAAGCGGGAGAAGAUGUUGCUGCAGCGGCCACCGCAAGUGGCGACGGCGAAGGCGAGACGAUCGUGCGCGAUCUGGCGCCUUCCGAGCGCGACUUCGUGAUGGCCGAGGUUGAAGAGAUCAAAGACGAGCCUACUACCGAGGUGACCCGGUUGUGGGACCUGUGCCCCGACGUGGAGCUCGACGGUGCCGAGACCAUCACGGCAUCGGUUCACGAGACCAUUCAGCGGUCGGUACGUCAGUUCAUCGAGAGACUUCUGCGGGACGCCAAGGAGACGGGUACGGUUCCCGACGGUGCGAGCGCUGCUGCUAAGGAUGGGAAGCCACUGUACGGCUGCAACCUCUGCAACAUUGAGAUGGACCAGCCCGAGUUGUUUGACUGCCACGUGGAAAGCCAGCGCCACAUCAAACGCCUCCGUUGGAUGUACUUCAUGGGCAUGAACAAGGAGCUGAGCAAGUUCCACUGCCGGGUGUGCCACAUCUCGGUGCCGUGCAAGGACCACCUGGUGGGCCACCUACGCAGUGACCGCCACCUGUGUCUCAGCAAGUCCCUGAAUGUGCAUCCCAAGUACUCCGAACACCUGCUGUCCCAGCACUUCCCCAAGGCCAAGGUGAAAAGCUUGCUCCAGGCACAGCAGCAGCCGCAGCAGCCAUCUGCAACCGGAAGUCCGCCAUCGGCCACCGGUAAAGGGAAGGAGCAGAAAGGUGCAGAUAAACGUCCUGACAAAGGCAAGGCAAGUGCAGGCAGUGGACAGCAGAGCAAGAGGGAGCAGUCGCCGCCACCCAUCGUCUCCAGUUUCAUCUUCCAUUGCGAGCUGUGCGAGGUGAUCGGAUACAAUGAAGACCAGAUUCAGGAGCAUUACAGGGGCAAGAAGCACCGAGCCAAGAUGGCCGAGGAGCUGGAAAAGCUGUCCAACAAGAAGCAGGACACCGCAAAAAAGGCACCCGCAAAAGGAGAUGGUAGCGGUGCCCAGGCGACCAAGGAAAGCACCAAGACUGCUACCAAGACACCUGCCAAGACCGCUGCCAAGGCACCUGCCAAGACCGCUGCCAAGGGCCCGGGUCCCAACAAGAAGGGACCGGUCAGCAAGCCGCAGCCACAACAGUUCAGAAUGAAACAAGGGCCCAAGUUUGGCGGCGGUGGACCGACCUACACGUGCUACGUGUGCAACGUGGUGCUGCACUCCACUCGGGACUACAGCCAGCACUUCACCACCAGGGCGCAUCGCAUGGCCACAGGUCUACAGUCAUCCGCUCCACCAUUUGACCGCAAGCGGCCGCGCUCUCCGUCCCCAUUUUCGCGGCCACCCGCGUGGUCGCCACCACCUCGCAUGCGGUCUCCUCCGCGGGACCUCUGGUCAGGUGGCCCACCGCAGCGCAUACGUUCCCCCGAGCCCUUCCUCGACCCCAUGGCUCGGGACCUCUUUGCACCUCCAUCUGGACCAGGCGGCGGCUUCGAGCCCGGCUUUCGGGGACCUCAGGGUGGCAUGAUCGAGGACUAUGCGGAGCGUCGCGGUCCCAGCGGUGGCGGGGGCUCAGGAAUGCCCGAUCCUACGUCUGUGGCGGCCACCUUAGAAACCAUGAUCCAGCUGCAGCAGCGACUCCUGAACAUUACGGGGCGGGAGGACUCUGGUGGCUACCACGACGAGGAGUUCCAGGCUGUUGCGCGGAACCUCCAGGACAUGGACCUGCAGAAGAGCCUGCAGCAGCUGAGGCAGAGCCAGCGGUACAGUGUGAGUAGCGCAACGUGUACUGCUUAUCUUGAGAGCUUCCUACGGGAAUUGCGAGAGGGAACUCUGGGGCAGCGAUCGUUCCACCACCACGGGAAUUAUGGUUAGCGCAUGGAUUCGUCU